AUGUCCUCCUCUCAGUCUCCACCACCAUCAGAUAACACCAAGAAGGGAUCCACCAUUUCCCGAAUCUUUUCAGUCUCUGAUCAAUUUGCAAAUUAUUACUUUUAUCACCAAAGUAAAACCAAUCAGAUUAUUCACUUUAUAUUUGUACCUGUGAUUGCAUUUUCACUGAUCAUGUUGAUUUUCCGAGUUGAUUUGCAACAUGUAGGAAUUAUUAAGAAUAUUUUGGUUGAUGUUUUAGGCUUGGGAGCUGAAUGGUGCAAUUUGGCAACUGUUGCUUUUUGUUUUCUUGCUGUAUAUUAUUUGAUUUUGGAUUUGAUUGCAGGAGCCUUGUUGAAUGCCGAAUUGUUUGCCAUGCUUGUUAUUUCUCGUCAUCUCUUCUUAAAGUAUAGUGAAGAUCCAACACUUUAUUUUGUUAUUGCUGCUGUUUGUCAAGUUGUUGGUUGGGGUACUCAAUUCUAUGGCCAUUAUUUAGAGGGUAAAAGACCUGCACUCAUUGACAAUGUUUUCCAAAUCUUUAUUGCUCCUCUCUUUGUCUUGUUCGAAUUAUUAUUCAUGUUGGGUCUUCGUUUGGAUUUGAAGGAAAUUGCUGAAAAGAAGUUGAAGGAAAAGAACCUUGCUGCUACCUAUUCUAAACGUAACAAACAACAAUAA